AACUUGAAAGACUCUGUGUUGAUCCAAGAAGCUGGUGGGAAGAAGAUUAGCGUUAAGGAGAAUGGAUCAGGAGCUGCUCUCAACACCACCAAGCAUCUAUGGGCUGGAGCUUUUGCAGCCAUGGUUUCAAGAACUUGCAUUGCACCACUAGAGCGAAUGAAGCUAGAGUACAUAGUCCGUGGAGAGCAACGAAACCUUCUUAAACUCAUUCAAAGAAUCGCAACAACCGAAGGCAUUAGAGGAUUCUGGAAAGGAAACUUGGUUAACAUUCUCCGAACCGCUCCUUUCAAGUCCAUCAACUUCUACGCAUAUGAUACAUACAGAGGCCACCUUCUCAAACUCUCCGGGAACGAAGAAACCACUAACUUCGAGAGGUUUAUCGCCGGUGCAGCCGCCGGAGUAACAGCUAGCUUGCUUUGUCUACCGCUAGACACCGUGAGAACGGUUAUGGUUGCACCUGGCGGGGAGGCUUUAGGCGGUGUCGGCGCGUUCCGCCACAUGGUUCAGACAGAAGGUUUCUUCUCGUUAGGCCUUGUGCCUUCGCUUGUGAGCAUGGCUCCUGCGGGAGCUGUGUUCUACGGCGUCUAUGACAUUCUGAAGUCAGCUUACCUUCAUACGCCGGAAGGUAAGAAGCGGCUUGAACACGUGAGACAAGAAGGCGAUGAGCUGAAUGCUUUUGAUCAGCUCGAGCUCGGUCCUUUGAGGACUUUGCUGUACGGAGCAAUCGCUGGGGCGUGCUCGGCAGCGAGUUAUCCGUUUGAAGCUGUGAGAAGGCAUUUGCAAAUGCAGUCGCAUGAGGGGAGGCUGAGCGCUGUGGCUACUUGUGUGAAGAUUGUUGAACAUGGUGGUGUUCCUGCUCUAUAUGCUGGCUUGAUUCCCAGCUUAUUGCAGGUUUUGCCUUCAGCAGCGAUUAGUUACUUUGUGUAUGAGUUCAUGAAAGUUGUCAUGAAGGUGGAAUCAACACAAUAGGUGGUCUUAUGGCUUCAAGUUACUUCUGAGGAGAUUUUUUUUUGUUUGGGUUUUUACUCUGAAUCUGAAGCUUUGUACCCACUUUUACUUGGGCAUAUUGUUUGUGAAAACCACU